AGUGCUCUCUUUUGCUCUCAAGUAAUCUUUUCAUUUGUUUUUCAUUUCAUUCUAAUUCAACCCUCGAUUGAACCCUUCUUGUAGGCUGAAUUUCAAGAUGGAUUUCGUAAAGAAUCUUGACACGGACACGUCUCUAUUAAUUCUUUCGUGUCUAGACGACCCAUCAGAUCUUGUUCAUGCCAGUGCUGUCUCACGCUCCUGGCGAGAGUUCGUGAUUAGAUACGGUCUCUCCAAGAACCUGUGCUUCAAGCUGUUCCAUCAGCUAAAUUGCGUGGAUCGUGUUAAUGAAGAGUCCUCAUGGUCAAGCAGCAGUAGUCUCAUGGAUGAGACAAAGCUACCAGAAAGAGAGCACAUGGCUUUUACUUUUUUGGCUAAAGGCUGCACGUCCUCUCCUAUCAGAAGCUGUAUUGCUGAGGCGAUCAUAGCAUCUAGCACUGAUAACUUCCCAGAAGAGAGUAUCUUGGAGACGCUUGAUGAAAGAUAUAAAAUUCGUGGCACACCUUCGUAUUGGUCUAGUUCAGGACAUCACAAUACUUCUGUGCCUGAAACACUUCUUUAUAAGUUGAAGGGUGAUUUGUGUGUCGUUACUGAGUUCAGCAUUCACCCUUUUCAAGCUUAUUUUCAGCGUGGUAAACCGAUAUACUCUUCACAUUAUGUUCGUUUCCGGUUGGGUCACCUUGUUAACAAGUCACAGGAGAAUAACAACUAUGUUUGGACUUACACUUCACAACAGUUUCCCAUGGUUCAGGAAAAUCGGUUGCAGAACUUUAAACUUCCAGAGCCAGUUGUUUGCAUUGGUGGGUAUAUGCUGAUAGAGUUUCUUGGUCGAGUUCAGACACAAGAAGGGGAUGGUCUAUACUACAUAUGCGUGAGGCAUGUCAGAGUGAUGGGAAGAUCACUAGGAAAGUCGUUUCGGUUGGUGGAUCUGGACGAGUCAGGGAAGUUUGGGUUGAAUGUGGUGAGGAGUUACUGUGAUCCUAAAGAAAUGGGUGAAGAGGUGGUGGAGCAAAGGCCGUUUAGGCAGAUGAGUACCCGUGAGUUCUUGAAUUUCAUCCACGAGGAGCCUAUAGACGACUUUGAGUAUGGUUGGCACGAAGAGGAAGACGGCGAGGAAGAAGAUGAUGCUGAAUCAGACGGUGAGGUUUAGUGUCUGAGUCACUAUGAGGAUGCUAAAUCCAGUGGGUUUAUUUAUUUCUCUUUUAUUUGAGAAUCUUACAGUGUUUUUAAAAGCUUCUUCUCUAGCCGUGUUGUAAAUGAUUUUCAGUUUUUGGGACAACAAUAUUAUAUACUCUUUCAUAUUGUUUGUUUAAGUAUCAUAUUUAUUCAAUGCAUCAUAAGAGUUUGC